AUGGGGAUGCAACGCUUUUGUAUUUCAGCCGCUAUGCUCAUUGCCACGUACCUGACAGUAACAUGCAAUGCUUUGCCCAAGCGGCAAGCUCUUGUUACUGUACCAAGCCUCCCAAAUGGUCACUGGAUCGACACCUGGGCAGCAAUGCCACAAUUGACCGAGUAUACAAACUUACCUCCACCUCCAUAUAACACCACCUCCGUGAUUUUCUAUAACAGCACGAUCCGCCAAACCCUGCACAUGUCAACGGGUGCUUCACAGAUCCGGAUCCGAAUCUCCAAUGCCUUUAGCCUCACUGAUUUGCCAAUAACGGCAAUGACAGUGGCUCUACCAUUCAACAGCUCGUCUGGGGGCAGUGCGAUUCAACCAUCAACACUCCAGAAGGUGACUUUCAGCGGUGGAGAGUCGUCGAUCAUCAUCCCCAACGGUGCGCUUGCAGUCUCAGAUCCUCUAAAUUUCCCGGUCCAGCCUCUCUCGACCAUCACGGUGACCAUGUACCUCGCAACGGGUCAGAACGGGACGUAUAUCACAAGUCACCCAGGUAGUAGGGCGACAUCGUGGUUCACAUUGGGCAAUCAGGUAGGCGCGACGAACCUGACAGGCCCAUUUUUGAACAGCACUCAGCAUUGGUACUUCUUGUCCGCGGUCGAGGCGUGGUCACCACCUAAUUACCGUACAUGGGCGAUUAUCGGAGACAGCAUCACGGACGGUAGAGGAAGCGACCCGGACAAAAACAACAGAUGGCCCGACCUUGUCUACGCACGCAUGCAAUCCAGCAACUCGUCCCUCCUCACGUCCAUCUCCAUGAUCAACCAGGCCGCGGGGGGCAAUCGGAUCCUGUACGACGGGCUAGGGCCGAACGUGCUCUCGCGGAUCGACAGGGACGUGCUGUCGCACGCGGGGGUGCGCUACGCCAUGAUCUGGGAAGGAGUCAACGACAUCGGCGUCGCGGCGGCCACGGCGGCGAACCAGACGGAGACGUACAACCGCCUAGUGUCGGCGUACCGACAGAUCUCGACGCGGAUCCAUGCGUUCGGCAUCCCCUUGUUCGCAGCGACCAUCACGCCCUUCUCGGCCCCGAAUGACAACGUCACCCUGCAGGCCUACACCAGCCCCCUGCGUGAGCAGACCCGCCAGAAGGUCAACGCCUUCAUCCGCUCCUCGGGCACCUUCGACGCCGUCUUCGACUUCGACGCCGUCCUCCGCAACCAGUCCGUGCCCAGCCAGUUGGCCGACGCCCUACAAUCCGGCGACUACCUGCAUCCCAACGACGCCGGCUAUCAGCUCCUGGCCAAGAGCUUCGAUUUGGGCGUGUUCCAGAAGUUCGACGCUGGAGUCGCAGGCUUCGUCUAG